AUGGCAGAAACUGUUGUCUCUUUUGUUUCAAAUCGUCUCACAACCUUACUCCAAGAGGAGGGAAGCCUAUUGGGAGGGCUUCGACAAGAGGUCGAACUCAUCAAGGAUGAGUUGGGGCAUAUGAGAGCUUUCCUCAAAGUGGCUGAACCAAAAGAAGAUGAUGAUCCCAGCUCUCUUCAGAGAAUUCUCAAAGCCAUUAAGAGCUUGCGAGCUCGUCAUCAGGUUGCCAGUGAAAUUCAAAGCAUAAAGUCCAGGAUCAAAAAUAUUUCAGAAGGACGUCAGAGAUACCAAGCCGAAUUUGGCAUCGACGACCGUGUCACUGGAUCUUCAACCAUGAACGACUCGUGGCGCUAUAGCAGGGAUGAUGCACUUCUAGUGGAGGAAGCAAAAUUGGUUGGCAUUGACCAGCCCAAACAACAUCUGAUUUCUAAGCUUCUCGAGGGGCAUGAUCACCAACUCAAAGUCAUUUCAGUGGUCGGUAUGGCUGGACUAGGGAAAACUACCCUAGUCAAAAAGGUCCAUGAAGAUCCAGAUGUUAGAAAGAAUUUCCCAGUUUGUGCCUGGGUAACCGUCUCUCAAACAUGUGACUUUCCAAAGCUCCUAACAGACUUGAUUCGGCAGUUGCACAAGGAAUUGAACAAAUCAGUCCCACAAUUCAUCGAGUCUAUAUCUACCAUUGAGUUGAAAGAAUUUGUCAAAGAUUUUCUUCAACAAGCUGGAAGGUAUGCAAUUGUCUUCGAUGACGUGUGGGACGUGGAAUUUUGGAAUGAAAUCAAAUUUGCACUGCCUGAGGGUAACUACGGCAAUCGUGUCAUGCUAACAACACGAAAUGCCGAUGUAGCCUCUGCCUCUUGCAUAGAAUCUCAGGAUUAUGUCCACAAAAUGGAGCCACUAUCAAAUGAAGAUUCGUGGACCCUAUUUCGUAACAAGAUCUUUAAAGGAAAUCGUUGCCCCGACCACCUGAUGGAUGUUGCAAAAGCUGUAUUGGAUAAAUGUGACGGUUUGCCUUUGGCGAUUGUUGCGAUUGGUGGGCUCUUAGCUUCGAAGGACGUGAGCAGAAUAGAUGAAUGGGAGAAGAUUCAACAGAGUCUUGGGGGUGAAUUCACCGGUAAGCUAGAGAGAGUUAAAAGGAUACUUUCUCUGAGUUACAAUGAUCUGCCUUCGCACCUCAAACCCUGUCUGUUGUAUUUAACCAUUUAUCCGGAGGAUUAUCUAAUAGACUGUAAUAUGCUGAUUCUAUUAUGGAUUGCUGAAAGAUUUGUAGAAUGGAGAGAAGGAAUGAGUAUUGAAGAUGUAGCCUGGGGUUAUCUCAGAGAACUCAUCAGCAGAAGCCUAAUUCAAGCAACUAAGUGUUUUAUGAAGGAUCCCCACACGUGUCGAAUCCAUGACUUAAUGAGAGAAUUAUUCUCAUCAAGUCAAGGGAACAAAACAUGGUCACAGUUACUACUGGACAACCAAUGA